CGGACAGGACGGGCUCCCCGGAGGGCGCCGGCGAGGGUGCCUGCCGGGGGCGGAGCCGCAGCGGAGCGGCCCGUCCCUUUCCGCGCAGCCGCAGGCCCCGCCCCGUCGCCGCCGCCGACCGACUGCAGGCGGAGGGAGAGCCGCUUCCGUCAGCCUCCGACGAGGGCCGGCCGUGGGCCCGAGAUGGCGGGUGUCCACCGCGAGCUGCAGGAGUACCUGGCGCAGGGGAGAGCCGGCGGGGCGGCCGCCGAGCCGCUGCUCGCCGCGGGAACAGCGGAGGAACCCGCGGCGGGGGCGUGGCGGGGCCCCGCGGGCCUGCGCUGGGCGUGGGCGCGGAGCCCGGAGGAGCCGGAGGCGGGCCCGGCGUGCCUGCCGAGCGUAACGCGCGCGCAGCGGCUGGCGGCGGCCGGCGCGUGCCUGCUGCUGGCCGCGCUCUGCUUCGGCCUGGCCGCGCUCUACGCGCCCGCGCUGCUGCUGCGCGCCCGCAAGUUCGCGCUGCUCUGGUCGCUGGGCUCGGCGCUGGCGCUGGCGGGAGGCGCGCUCCUGCGGGGCGGCGCGGCGUGCGGGCGUCUGCUGCGCGGCGAGGAGGUGCCGUCGCGGCCCGCGCUGCUCUACGGGGCGGCGCUGGGCGUCACGCUGUACGCGGCGCUGGGCUUACGCAGUUCGUGGCUCACGGCGCUGGGCGCCGGCGCGCAGGUGGCCGCGCUGCUGGCCGCGCUGCUGGCGCUGCUCCCGCGAGGCGCCGGCCCCGCGCUCCGCCUGGCGCUCGGGCGGUGGGGCCCGGGCGCCCGCCUCGCCCAGGCGCUGCCCGUGUAGGAGCCGGCGUCGCCGUCGGAGAGCGGGCCGCCCGCCCGCCCGCCAGGCUGUGGGCUGGCCGCGCUGAGACGGCCGCCAGCGGGUCGGGAGGACCCUCCGCCGCUGCCCGCCGCGGGCUGGUGCCCGCGAACAGGACGUGGAGCCGAGCGGACGCGCCGGAGACGCCUGCGAACCGCCUUUGCGCCGAGCGCGGUCCUGCGGCCUCGGCGGGGAAACGCCCCCAGGCCCCGCCGGCCUCGGAACCGGUGGCGGAUGCCGUGUAGCUGCCAUAGCUUGACCCUCAUUCUUCAGUGUGAGCGGAUCCAUGAAGGGAUGUUUGAACAGUAAACUCAGCCACCGAACACUUUUAAGUACUUACGAGGGUUCACGCCGUCGUUUGUUUUUCUUUUAUUGAAGUUGUGAAUGUGCUUUAUGAGGUUUGAGGAAAGCCAUGGACCUAACGAUCUGUGCUGCUGCCCGGCCGGCGCGCGCGGUGGCGGCGCCAGGAGGCCACGGUUUGGUCGGGAGACGCUUUAGACGCUGAUCGGAGCGUCCCUGGCGGCUGCGCCCUGCCGGGGAGUCGGCCCUA